GGAUAUCGAUCGGUUCCUCUUCGUAGUCGCCUUCGAAUUCGCAGAGUGAGGAAGAAUGAAGGUGAGAUCAUCUGUGAAGAAGUUGUGUGAGUUCUGUAAGACGGUGAAACGUCGUCGACGUGUCUAUGUUAUAUGUUCAUCCAAUCCUAAGCACAAGCAAAGGCAGGGAUUCUCCUCCAUUGCUCAUGAUGGAAUCAUUCCUCCUCCUUUGUUUUCUGAGCCGGUUGCUAAUCAGGAGGUGGUGAGGAUGCCUGGUCAGGGCGUAUCAGUCGGUCUCGCAUCGCUUUUACACAAAAGGCCUGAGCCAGCAGCGGUUUUCGGAUGGAGGGGAGGUAUUGCAUCCAUUCUUUUCAAGCAAGGGAAUUAGCAAGUUAAACCAGCAUUUACUAUUUUGGAUUUUCUCAAGUUGUAAUCCAAGUUUGUUUCUCAACACAUUUACUUUGGUCCGUUGUAGGCUCUUCUAGACCCGUUUGAUUUGCUUGCACCUUAUAUGACUUAAAUAAAGAGACAUAUUAAACUUGAGUAUUUGCUUUUUAGAUUUUCCAGUGAAACAUAUGUUGCCUUUAUACAUUUUAUUUUAUAGUAAACUGUUUUACUAACAUCGGUCAGGGUCAUUUGGACAUGUUUACGAUCACAUUUCCGAAAAUUAUAUAAAAUGCGGCUUCACAAAGCACACCCACUAAAUGCGAAUCAAAUACAAAGAAGUGGAGAGAUACGUAGAAGACGAAGACCUUCUCCACGACAAAUGACCCCUUCUCUUUCUCCACCGUUGAGCUCUCGGCACGUAGGCCCCGCAGGUGAGGUAACAAGAAGCCCACCCAAAUGAGCAUAUUCCUGGGCCCCUCACUUUCCAAUCUUUGGACACUUCUACCUUUGGACAUAUCGCUUCCCUCCCCCAGUCAAAUCGUCAACAACUUGAUUCCAAAAGACCACCUUCAUCAAUAAUUGACGCACAGCUUUUCUUGUAAUUUCCACAUUUCUGCUGUCAUUUUAACCUAUUGAUAUCGAGGAAGGGAUGAAUGAAAUUAUUCAUUUCACUUUGUAUAUAAUUCGAACAUGAUUAUUUUUCAAAGGUUAUGUUCUGUAUUGGCUUACCUCUAUUAACUAAAAGAAUGACGGUGCGAGACUAUAGUCCUCUUAUAUCUAGAAUAAGAGCUCGGGUAUCUUCCUGGACUGCAAGGCAUCUCACCUUUGCGGGUCGUCUGCAGUUGAUUGGUUCCGUCUUAUAUAGCAUCAUCAAUUUCUGGAUGGCAGCGUUCCGUUUGCCAAAUAUGUGUAUACAGGAAAUUAAUAGUAUAUGCUCUGCGUUCCUCUGGUCUGGCCCGGCACUGUUAGCUCAGAAAGCAAAGAUUGCAUGGAUAGACGUAUGUAAACCGAAAGAAGAGGGAGGAUUAGGUUUGAGAAAUCUUUUGGAAGCAAAUAGAGUCUCUUGUUUGAAGCUGAUUGGGAGAAUUUUGACUGCAAGAUCAUCUUUAUGGGUGCAGUGGAUUUGGAAGUAUCUUAUACGUAAAGGAUCGUUCUGGAGUGUGAAGGAGAAGAGUAGCCUUGGAUCAUGGAUGUGGAAGAAGUUAUUACAGCUCAGACCGCUGGCUUUGCAGCUAACUAAAGUGGAGAUUAACAGUGGUUCUACUACAUCUUUUUGGUUUGAAAGAUGGUCUCAAUUGGGUAAAUUGAUUGAAUUAACUGGAGAGAGAGGGUGUCUCAUGCUUGGCAUACCUAUAAAUUCUACAGUUGAGAGGGUUGUUCAGACAUACAGAGCUAGGGAUCACAGAGACCCUGUUUCCCGACAAAUAGAGCAGGAAAUUAUGGCUUUGCGAAACCGAGGCCUUAAUCAGAUGGAAGAUGUAUGUCUGUGGAAAAGGGAGACAGGCUACUAUAAGGAAGGCUUCCUCACGUCUCAAACAUGGGAGCUGAUCAGAAUUAAAUCGCCAAGAGUGAUGUGGCACAAAGGCAUUUGGUUCCAGGAAGGUACUCCUAAAUUCUCCUUCAUAACAUGGCUUGCAGUUCAUGAUAGGCUAGCAACGGGUGAUAGGAUUCUUCGCUGGAAUCCUAGAGCCAUAUCAUCCUGCUGGCUAUGUAACUCGGCAACUGAAUCUAGAGACCAUUUAUUCUUUGAGUGUCUUUACUCUAGAGAAGUUUGGUAUGGAACUAUUGGUGAUUUGGCGGGCAAUAGAAGUCUACAUAGAUGGUCUCAGAUCAUUCAGUUCUUGGCAAAUGGUCUACAUGAGAGAAAUCUGACAUUUCUACUGAGGUAUAGCUUCCAAGUAGUGCUAUAUGCAGUUUGGCAUGAGAGAAAUGUGAGAAGGGUUGGUGAAACAUCUCAGCCAGCAGCUUGUUUGAUUGCAAGAUUAGACAAGUUGGUUAGGAAUAGAAUCACAUCAUUGAGAAGGAAAAAUGGCAGAAAGUAUGAGAAGACCAUGGAAGUGUGGUUUGGAAGAAGAUAGAGUUUGAGUUUAUGAAAUUUUUUAAAGUUUAAUCUAUAAGUCUGAUGUAUAGAAAAGGAAGCAGGUUUUUUUGUAAACAGGUUUUUUUGAUUUGAAUAAAUUUAAAAUUCUUUCAAAAAAAAAAAAAAUGUUGACGGUAUUCUAUUUAUUAUCAUAAUUGUAAAUAUUGAAUUCUAUAUUUUUGGAUUUAUAAUUGUAUCAACUUUUAUAUUCUAUACUAUAUUUCAGAUUGUACUGUAAUUUUUACAUCUUUAUAUAAAAAUGUCUUGCACUUUAAUUUCCUUUUGUUAGUAAAUAAAAGGUUAUAGUAGUACAGCUUACGUUCUUCUCCAGGUAUAUACCAAUAUGAAUGUUUGUUACCUAAAAAAUCAACAAAAAAAAAACUACUCACCUCCUCCUACAAUAUAAAAGUGUAAAUCAAUAUGGAUUUUUCAUCGUGUAUCUAUGUGCCCUGAUGAGGGUAUAAAACUGUAAACCAAAUCAAAGUUUGCAGUUGAAUAUAAGCCAUGUUGUCAACUUAAUUACACUAAUUGUACUAUAAAAGUCAGUAUCAAAGACAAGGGUAUGUUAUCAACUUACAAUGUGACAAACGAAAAAAAUAUAUAAAUGGUUAUGGAAGCAACUCGUCGAUUACAACGUGAGCCUUAAUGCACAUGGAAUCGUGACCCACUCGUACAUAAAGAGAUUCAUGAUGAUUUGUUUUGAUACUCAUAUAACUACUACUCAUUAUAAAAAAAACAAUUUGCAUGUUUUGCACGCAUCUACUAUAGUAAAAAAUGAAUAAUAUUAAAAUACAUACAUGCAUUUAUACGCAAUGGUUCCACGUGUGAUCUGUAGUCUGUAGAGAGAUACUGGCCGUGGAGCAUAUUUGGCAGAGGCUGCCGUCCACUUGCAAUUCCGUGACCUUCGGGAACCAACAUUUUAAAAUCAAUGACGUAGAUGCCGCGUUCGUCACUAGAUUUUUUAGCUUUUCUGUUAAGCUGAAUUUGAAUGAACAAUUAGUGUUAAUGCUUCAUUUCUAUAUUUGUUUGAUUUCACAUUGUUAAAAUGUCUAUGCAGAUUGUUUGGCGCUAGGGACACACAUACGAUAUUUUGUUGUUUUGGUAUAAACAACUUGGUGUCAAAUGCUUCUACUUUGUUCACCAAGUGUUUAAUCAAACAGGUAUUUUCUGCAACAAAGAAAAAUAUAUAUUAAAAGUCUAAUAAUUAAGGGUUGAUGUACACAUAAUAUAUGCAAAUCACAAAUACGUUUUACUUUAAGUGGUAAAGUUGAUUAAACAUAUAUUUUGUUUUCUUUUCUUUUCAAGGCAAGAGAAUUAUAUAUUAUUUGGUUAGCUUUGAUAUAAGAUGGACAGUUUUGA